CAGUGUGUGUGAAGGGAGCCUGAUCACUUGCGAUCACUCACACACUCGCUCCCACAUACAUGCGUGCUCUGUCUGUCCCUCUCUCCCUCUCUCUUGCGCGCAGCCUCUCACACACACUCACAGACUCUCUCACGCUCUCUUGCGUGCAGCCUCACACACUCUCACAGACUCUCUCUCCCUCUCUCUCUUGCACGCACGCUCACACACACUCACACACAUACUCACAGACUCUCUCUCCCACUCUCUUCUUGUGCAGUAUGUUCAGAGUUCUUCAUCUGACUGCUUGGCUGCUGGGAGUCCUGCUGCUUGUGUCAAUCUGCUGGGCUGAGGAAGCGGAGGAGGAUGAGUUUCCAGCGUACGGCACAACACCGUAUCCAGAUGCAGACUACGACUACAACAAUGCCACCUUUGACUACAUCUUUUUCAGCAAUUCGAGCUCUGAAGACCUAGAGAAGUUUAUCAUGGAGACGGCAGGCGAAGACGUGACCCCCACAGACAUCACCGUCACCAUGACAGAGGACACCACGGCAGGAUACGAGACACAGACCGAGGAGGAGGAGGUGGACGUGGAGGAGGAGGUGCAGCAGGAGGAGGAGAAGAAAGAGGAGCAGGAGAAAGAGGAGGAGGAGGAGGAGAGGAGGACCGUCACCAAAGCCCCCACAUCACGCCACUUCCCCAAGGCCGCGGCCAGCAGGAGUGCCUCUACGUGUGUGCUGGUUGCCCUGGGUCUUCUCUCGCACCUCUGGGCCAUUUUAUGAUGCACGGGACCACAGGACACACACCUGCACACACACACACACCUUAAUGAUCCUGGAGAAGACAUAUUAGCCUGGAGGGACUGAUUGACACACAGCCAUUAACGGAGGAUGGAAAACAUAUCUUCUAAUUGUUCCUGAAGCCAUUCUGAGCCAACUAAAUCCCCAACCAACACCAAAACUUGCACAACGCAUAAACAAGCUCAGUCAACACAGCCAUUCCACUCACUAACAAACAAACUGCCCCAACCUACAGUAUAAAAACCCCAAAGAGCUUCUUUCCAAAAUGAGAUAUAUCCAUUUUGUAGAAUGUUGGGAAAUUGACAUUUUUGUAUUGGGCAUUCCAUUGAAUUGCAUUGCUAAAAGGCAUGUUUAUUGAGGUUUUAAAAGUAUGAUCUAAAAAAAAUUUAAUGGCAAGAAGUCACACGUAGGUGAUAGGACUUCUUAGCAGUCAAUUCCUAUAUUAUAAUGCAAAAAGUCAAAAAUGGCAUAUAUCUCAUUUUGGAAAGAAGCUCUUCCAAACACACAUAUAUUUCACACGUCCUUCAUUUUAGCACACAGCUCCGCCUCCUUCACCUAGUUCUGCUGCCGCCUUUCUGGGUCACGUCACCCCGUGAGCUCCCAGACUGCCCCUGUGCCAGCGGACGGUGUCACGUGAUUGGCUGGAUGGCGUGUGAGUUAAUUAAAGGACUCUGCGGUA